GGAAUUAGCAGCGGGAAAGUAGAAAUUAACACUGCGAGUUGAGGAAUUCUAUCUAGGACUCGCUAGUAAAUGGUCUCCCCGUAUGGGUACUCCGUCACACAGCAGGCCCUCCACAAAGACUCAAAUACAUCUAACGUUAACAUCUGUCAAAUGUAACAGGCUAUGUUUGCCAUGGGGGUGUUCAAAUCCGACUGAAGUCGACGGGAUGUCUUGAAUAGUGUGUAAACAUGACGAAUUUGCGAAAUCAUGGAGGGAGACGGUUCAACCACCGAUGCCUCUCAGUUGGGCAUGCCAGGGGAGUACAUGGCAGGAAGCCACUACGUCCUUCAGUCACAGGAUGAUGACUGUGAUGACAGCCUGCAUGACCAUGAGGAAGGCAACGGCAGCAAGGAAAACUUCCGCGAGCAGGACAUCUACCUCCCCAUCGCUAACGUGGCUCGCAUCAUGAAGAACGCUGUUCCACAGACAGGAAAGAUAGCGAAAGAUGCCAAGGAGUGUGUUCAGGAGUGUGUGAGCGAGUUCAUCAGCUUCAUCACGUCGGAGGCCAGUGAGCGCUGUCAUCAAGAGAAAAGGAAGACCAUCAAUGGAGAGGACAUCCUGUUUGCCAUGUCCACCCUGGGCUUCGACAUGUACGUGGAGCCACUCAAACUCUACCUACAGAAGUUCCGAGAGGUGAGAGGAAGUCUGUGUGCGCCAAGUGCCAUAGCUCAUGCCAUGCUCUCCAGACUGGCAAUGAAAGGGGAGAAGGGAAUCGGCGGCAUAUCUGUAACAGAGGGACUCGGAGAAGAACUCACAGACGACAGCUUCGCGAACCAGUUGCCUGCAGGAAUAAUAACUGCUGAUGGACAACAACAGAAUGUCAUGGUUUACACCACCUCAUACCAACAGAUUCCCGGAGUGCAGCAGAUCCAGUUCUCUUGAGUAGGUUCCGGAAUUCCCCGUUUGCAAUCGGAACACGUUUGAAAUGGGGAAGAGAUUACAGCAUUACUGUACACUCAGGUCAAAAGAUAGUGGUGGGAAGAUGGAAAGAGAGGGGAGUGUAUGCAGAACUUGCAUAGGUGGGUUUGAAUCAGAAUCAGUUUUAUGUUCUGGUCACGAUAAAUAACUGAAUAGGAGACGAUCUGGAGACAAGUUAUUUGGCUUUUUUUGUUAAUUGAAGAUUUUCAGAGUCACUUUAUUUGGAUAGUCUGUAUUGUCCAUCUGCAUAUGCUCUACAGCAGGGAAGGCAUUUGAAAUUAUUUCAGUUUUCAAAUAAUAUCUGGAUAGCCUAAAUAAAUAUGCUUAAAGAAAAAUAUAUUUUAAAACUUCAAUGGAGACUUACUCGUGCGACUCGAGAGCCUGUUGGGGCGGCAAGGGCUGGUGUGUGUUUGUGGCAGUCUGUGUGGCACGCCGGGAGAGCGAGAGUAGCCAAACAGACUGACGCAGGUUAGAUAACCUAUGGCAGCAACAUGCUUGUCUAUCAUACUAUCUGGUAGUGCCUGUCUUGAAUCCAUAAUCCAAGUAGCAAAGCUAAUUCUCGACAACUCCUUUCAGAUUCCACAGCCUACCUGAUGGUUGCUCGUUGUAGCGGACUCUUCAUUUAGCCAACUUAAUUCCGUGAUGUUAAUUCCAUUUUGCAUUGAUUAUAAAACUCCCACUUCUCUUGCUACACAGAGCCUCUGACUGUAGCGCCUCUUUGAUUGACCAACAACAAUAACAACAAGCUUCACGUUGGCUACCAGUGUGUCUUUUUUAUGGGAUGCACUAUUAACUGUCAUAAAACGUGUUUAUUAAAAUCCUUGUAGGCUAUGUAACAAUGUUCAUUUUAGACCAAACCUUUAACUUUUGUUGUGCCGAUUUUCUUUAUCAAAAAUUAAUACUUUCAAAGUAAUCAAAUUCUAACGUCCGUUCAGUUAUUGGAAUAACCGUGUCCAUCACUAUACUACAGAGGGUAACAACACACAUGGUUGAUAAGUAACAGCUUGCAAAGGUAAGGGUUAAGAUUAGGGUUAGUAGAUAUUUGAAAUGUUACUGAUAGUCUCUAGAGCAUCUACAGAUGGACUAUCCAAAUAAAGUGUUACCCUUUUUUCCCCCUCCAUGUUGUCUAUCACUACAAUCUUUGUUUUAUGAGGGGGACGGAAUGGGGGGAUGAACAUAAGCUGAAAUGUCUGUCUAGGGAAUUGGUGACCUCUUUGACAACCUUGUAAAGCAAUAAAAACGAAAGUAGUUGAAUGUUGACAUCUGUACUCUAAACUCUGUUGUAAACAAUUGUAAGUGGCAUGCAAUUAUUUAACUAUUUUAUAAUUUCUGUAAAGUUAUUCUGUUGGUCCUUUUAAUAAAAAUGUAAGCGUGA